CUUCGCCACGGCUGAGGAUCAAACACCCCCUCUGAUCAGCACGACCCCCGGUUUUGUUCUCAUGGAAAUGAGACCCUGCCUCCGGGCCACACUUUCUGCGGAGAUGCAAAGUUGAAGCGCAUUCCCAGCCGGGACGACAGAGGGGAAGGAUGUGCAGCAGGAGCUGAUCGUUUCGCCGAUCCAGUUUUCUGCGCGUUUCUUCGUCGUCCCCGCUCGCCGCACACUUUUCUGGGCAACAUGCGGGAUCUGGCGCGGCGCGUCAUUUUCUGCGCGCUGCUCGGCUCCCUUUACGCGUCGUGCCCUCCGCGCUGCGAGUGCUCGGAGGCGGCUCACACCGUGAAGUGCGUCUCCAGAGACCUGCGGAGUAUCCCGACUGAGAUCCCCGGAUACACCAGGAAUCUGUUCAUAACGGGGAACCAAAUCAGUCGAAUCGGUCCGGAGUCUUUUAAAGGGCUGGAUAACGUGACCAACCUGUCUCUGAGCAACAACAGAAUUUCGGAGGUGGAAUCGCACACCUUUGCCGGACUCCGCAGCCUUCGCUCUCUGGAUAUGAGCAACAACCAGCUGGCGGUCAUUCACCCAGAGGCCUUCACCGUGCAGAACCAGUCUCUGCGGGAGCUCAACCUGAGCCGGGCCCUCUACAACCACUCGUCGGUGACGGACUUGGCCACGUCUCUCCGCUGGAGCUCCCUGGGGAACCUGAGGGGGCUGGACCUCUCUGACAACAGCCUCAUAUAUUUACCCUCACGCAUCUUCUCCCACCUGACCAGCCUGCGGCGGCUCCAGCUUUCCAACAACUCCCUGGUGGCCAUCCACAACUCCACCUUCUCGGGUUUGGAGCAUCUGGAGGAGCUCGACCUGACCCUCAAUGCCAUCAAAAUGGUGCCCGAGGAGGGCCUGCGAGAGCUGGACUCCCUGCCCGGCGCCGCUCUUCUGCUGGGGGAAAACCCGUUCACGUGCAAAUGUGGAAUCGAACCUUUUGCUCUGUGGCUCAACAGAUCACAGGGGCGCGUCAGAGACGCUGAGGACCUCAUGUGCGCCUUCCCGGCCAGCAUGAGGAACACGUCAAUGCUCGCUGUGGGCUCGUUGACUCUGGGGUGCCACCAGAGGAACACUGGGGCUGACCUCGCUUUGCAGACCUCCUACGUCUUCUUGGGUAUCGUCCUGGGCUUCAUAGGCCUCAUCUUUCUUUUUGUACUAUAUCUCAACCGCAAGGGCAUCAAGAAGCGGAUCUACGACAUGCGCGACGCCUGCAGGGAGGUGUGGGAGGGCUAUCACUAUCGCUUCGAGAUCGACUCUGGCCCCAGGUUAUCGCAGGUCUCCACAGGCGGUGACAUGUGAGCGGACAGUCAGCCCUGGUGUAUUUUCUAACGACAGUGACUCUUUUUUAGUGCAUCUACCAGUAGCCAAAUGUAAAAAAUUGUACAGAUUUGUCUGUAAAUAUAUAUAUUCACUAGAGUUACUGAUCUUCCUGCCUUGUUGAUUAAAGCAUGCACUGCCCAUCUUUCCUCAGUACACAAUGAAUACGCCCUUUUAAUACAGAAUAUCUCAGAUUUGUUUGUUCUCCGGAAUCAAAUGGACGUGAAUGUUGUGCAGCAAGUUCACUGAUUGAUAUUUCUUAUAUUCCUGCCUGCUCCUUAUGCCCACACAACAGCAACAGCAAGUGCCUAAACGCAACUAGGUGUUGUUUCCUAAUCGGUUCAGAGUGAUCUGAACUGAACUCACAUCCUACAACUCCUGAGUCCAAAAAAGCUGGAACGCUGUGUAACUUGUUAAUCCUUUUAGACAAAUACUCAAUAGAAAACAGUACAAAGACAAUAUGUUUAAUGUUUGACCUCAUCAGCUUCAUUGAUUUUUAUAAAUAUCUGCUCAUUCUGAAAUUGAUGCAGCAUCAUG